CAAGCCUGUCGUUGUAGGGAAAAUUUUAUGAGGCUUGAGAGGGCAAUUUCUCAAAAUUUUCACACGAAAGAGGUCGUAAUACGCCUCCAAAACCACAUGGAAUUAUCAGAACAUUAAUGAUGGAGGAAGGUGUAGGAUCUUUUUGCCACCUCUCUUAAGGAAUAGGAAUAUUAUGUCAAACAAGCACCUCAAGGAGUUAAAAUGAUGCGACGAACGAGCGAAUCGUCGCAAUAUCACGAUGAAACUCCGCGCAGAAAAGCUCGCAGGACACCUUCUCACGACUCGGAAAGACUUCACAGCAACGUGCCAGAAAAUGUACCAACCUCACCAUAUUCGGAAAGGUCAUUCCACUAUAUGGGACCUCAUGGGGCUGGAACAGCUCCAAGUCCAACUCGCUCCACUCAACCUGUUAGUCCUCAUCGAAAUUUCCCUCACCAUUUCCAGAGAAGUUUUAGUCAACCUGUAGGAUCAACAGGAGAACUCUCUCCAAGAUCUCCAUUUCCUCAUUCUGUAGUUUCACCUUCACAUUACCCGUCUUCAUCUCCUAUGUAUGUAUCUCCAGCACCUUCUCCUUCAGCACCUCCUGCUACGCCCUCCUGUGCAACACCCAGUAGUGUUACAUACACUCUUUCUCAUGGACCAGGCUCAGUAAGCCCAAGAGGCACUGCGUUAAAAACUCCUGACUUUUAUCCUGGCUUAGCUGAUACGUCACAGUUAAGUCCUGCAGAUCCAAACUUUCCAAUACCGUAUUCUUCUGAACCUAAAUUUCCGGAUUUUUCAAGCCCAAGAGAACAGCAAUUUGUUUACAGUGGAGGCGGACACUCUCCUGGAGGAACCAUUCACCAUCUUGGAUAUAAUACCCCUCACAGAACCCCAACACUUCAGAGUCCAGCAGCAUUUCCAAAUCAGUUGUCACCUGGUGCAGCAACAUCUCGAACUCAGUCUGUGGCAAGUCCCCAGGGUUCUAUGAAUCCUCAUGCUGCUCUGAAUGUUAGUAGAACUCUUGGAAUUCCAAGUAGAGUAGGAGAAAAAUCUACUGUGCUAGGAGGGGAGUUUUCAGAAAUGACAAAACUGCGGCAGUUUAUCAUUAGUUAUUACAAUGGAGAACUUGAAACAUUAAAAGCUAAUUAUCGUGAAAAACUCCAAGAGCUCUGCUUUCUUCAAACUGGAGGAAAUAUGAUGGAUUUCUUGUUGUGGAAGAAAAGACCAAACCCAGCAUUUCAAGCAUUUUUUAAUUCUAAUCGUUUAGAUGAUGCGUCUGGUACAAAUCCUACACUAUCACCAAUGACAGCGUCACCUAGGCUAUUCAAGUGGCCGCAACAACAAUCUGAGUCUAGUAAUCCUGGAGCAACCAACUACACCUCACUACAGAGACAGGUUUAUGAGCAAGCAGGUCUUGAUCCACGCAAAGCAGUUCCCAGUAAUUUUAGUGGAAAUCCAAGUUUCAAAUCACAGCUAUCAGUUACUGAAGGAAUUGCACCUAAUGUUUCUCCUUUUACUGGAAACCAACCUAUUCCAAGGUCGAAUGUGGGCAGUUCAGUUCCGCCAUAUUCACGAUCACUAUCUUUACCAAAUCCUCCAUUAGAACCACACAUUACACAAGGCCAUAGUAGCAAUCAUUUUGGAAGUGACUCUACAAAUGUUACACCAACACCUAAUCAUACGCCAGGUGUAAAUAUACCACAUGCAGGAGUCUCUAACCCAGCAAUUGCUAAUGGACCUACUUUGCUUUCUCAUGGAGCAAAAUCAACUUUGAACACAAGAAGUCAGUCUUUAACAUCUGUACUUGAGCAACAUUCAUUUAUCUCUCAAGAGGAUAUUGCAGUUGAAGCUAAGAAGGAGGCUGAAGUUCUCAAGAGAGUUUCUGAACUUCGUAAGGAAGGUCUCUGGGCUUUAUCCCGCCUUCCCAAAGUGCAGGAAAUGACAAGAUGCAAAGCGCAUUGGGAUUAUCUCUUGGAGGAAAUGCAGUGGCUGGCAACUGACUUUUUACAAGAAAGAAGAUGGAAAAGAGGCAUUUGCAAGAAGCUGUCCAGAGCAGUCUUGAAAUACCACCAGGAGCAGAGAAGCAAAGAAGUGAAAGCAGAGAAGGAGGAAUCUGUCCGUCUCCGAAAAAUUGCAGCAAGCAUUGCCAAAGAAAUCAAGCAAUUCUGGGGUUCAGUUGAAAAGGUGGUUCAAUACAAGGUUCAGAGCAGAUUAGAGGAGAACAGAAAGAAAGCUCUAGAUCUACAGCUAAACUUCAUUGUAGAUCAGACAGAGAAAUAUUCUUCCUGGUUAGCAGAGAGUCUUGCUGUUCCACCAUCCAGUGGUCAUGCCUCUGGAGGGUCCACUGGUCCCUCUUCCCCUGUCUCAUCCAAACCUGAAACAGGUGGUGACAGUGAAUUUGAACUUACUAAGGAAGCUGAUGAUGAUGAAGAAACAAUUGAAAUUGAAGAGGCACAUGAAGAAUCUGCCUCAAGAGAAAAUGAGCUUGACUUGUUAAGACAAGAAAGCGAGAUUCCCUUGGAAAAACUUCUGGAGAGCUUGCCACCAGAAAUGUUAGAAGAGAGAAGUGAUGAAGAUGGCUCUGAAGACGGUGAAGAUUCAUCAGCUGAGGAUGAAAGUGAGGGGUCAAGCAAAGAAAGUGAUGAUAGUGAUGUAGAAGUGGAUGUUGAAGGGAACAAUGAUGAAGAGGAAGAACCUAAAGAAAAACAGGAUACAACAAAGAUCAAGAAUGCCAGUGGAAGUGGAGAAGUUGCUGAAGCUGAUGAAGACUUUGUGAUGACAGAAGGAGGCACAGAAGACGAUGAACAGACAUUAGAAGAGGAGGAACAGCUGGAAGAAGGAGAUGAUCACAAAAGUGAAAUUGAUAAUCUCCAGAAGGAAGGUGAGAUGCCCAUUGAGGAAUUGAUGAAGAUGUAUAGUGCUGCUGAGAAUGAAUCUACAGAUUUACAGACUGAAGAAGAGAGUUCACAAGAAUCAUCUGAUGAAGAGUUGAGUGAUACUGAGGGGACAGAAUACCUUGUGCAACAAGAGAAAGAUGGAGCCAGUGAAUCACAGAAUGCAGAUUCUGAUCCAGACCAAGAAUUGACAGAUGCUGCAGCAACAGCACAGAGCUUGCAACCUCGAGGAUUCACUUUAGAAACAACUGAUAUUAAGACCAAAGUGCCAUUCCUGCUGCGAGGUGUCCUUAGAGAAUAUCAGCUUAUUGGCCUAGACUGGCUGGUGACUAUGCAUGAAAAGCACCUUAAUGGCAUCCUUGCAGAUGAGAUGGGUUUGGGAAAGACUAUCCAAACAAUUGCACUGCUUGCCCACCUGGCUUGUGAGAAAUGUGUUUGGGGUCCUCACUUGGUUGUGGUUCCCACAUCUGUGAUGCUGAACUGGGAAUUGGAGUUCAAGAAAUGGUGUCCUGGAUUCAAAAUCUUGACUUAUUAUGGCAAUCAAAAAGAGAGGAAAGCUAAGAGACAGGGUUGGACAAAACCAAAUGCUUUUCAUGUUUGUAUCACAUCAUACAAGCUGGUCAUUCAAGAUCAUCAGGCUUUCCGCAGAAAGAAGUGGAAAUACUUCAUUCUAGAUGAGGCUCAAAACAUCAAGAACUUCAAGUCCCAAAGGUGGCAGUAUCUUCUUAACUUCAAUAGCCACUGCAGACUACUCUUGACAGGGACUCCCCUUCAGAACAGUUUGAUGGAGCUUUGGUCACUUAUGCACUUCCUAAUGCCACACGUUUUCCAGUCUCACAAAGAUUUCAAAGAAUGGUUUUCAAAUCCUCUGUCUGGCAUGAUUGAAGGGAGUAGGGAGUACAAUGAAGGACUUAUCAAAAGGCUUCAUAAGGUUCUAAGACCCUUUUUGCUGAGAAGACUGAAGCUGGAGGUAGAAACCCAGAUGCCUAAGAAAUAUGAACACUUGAUCCGCUGCCGCUUGUCUAAGAGACAGCGCUAUCUCUAUGAUGACUUCAUGUCCAGGACUAAGACAAAGGAAACCUUAGAGUCUGGUCACUUUCUCAGUGUUAUUAAUAUUCUCAUGCAGCUGAGAAAGGUUUGUAAUCAUCCUGACUUGUUUGAACCAAGACCAACAGUUUCACCAUUCUACAUGGAAGGCAUUGAGUUCUACACUGCAUCAUUGGUGCUUAGAGCUCUGGAUUAUAACCCCCUCAAGCAUGUCAGCUUUGGUUACUUGAACUUGUGUGUAGCAGACAUUGAAAGAACAGUGACAAGCUAUGCAGCUUUUCGUUCACAAACUCUUCAGACACCUGCAAAAAUGAUUAUAGAAAUAGACUCCCACCCUGAACCAGUCAGGCGGCUGGUCCCUCUGGCAAAACCUCGCAGGAUUUCAUUUUCUGGCCAUCCUGUGCUUCCAUUAGGUGGUGUCAAGACAGAGAUAUCUAACAGUAUUCAUCCAAGUGGACAGCACAUGCCACAUGUUCCCCCUCCUCCUUACUCUGCUCAUCAACAACACAGAGUGCAUCCAACGUACACUCCCGGUGCUAUUCCAUAUGGCAUUCCUCCAGGGCGGUCUCAAGACCAUCCACAACGCCCAGGUUUUGGUGGAUUAUUACCUGGAAGAAUGCCGCCUGGAACUCCUGAAGGACAACAGCCUCACAGCCACCCAACACGGCAUAGUGCUGGUGUCCCGACAGGCUUUCCUGCAUCUAGGAUACUUUUGUCUGGAUAUGGAAGGGAAAUGCCCCCUCCUCCACCCUAUCCAGGACCUGGAGCAGGCUAUGAAUCUCAGCGUCAGCAUAUGGCAGUAGGGCAGUCACCCUGGUCAGCUUCAGUUCCUUCUGCUACUGGUGUUGCUGUAGAGUCACAUCCAUCUGUCCCUGGUAUUGCAAGCUUUCCAGCAGCUCAGAAUCGAGCACCAGUAGGGCAAACUGUUCAAGAUGGUGUAGCUAGUAGACUUCCCCUUCCUCAUCCUGAACCCAAACCAGUGUCUCCAACAAAGAGAAUUGCCCUAGAAAGUAAAACAACACUUCCUGCUGUCACCCAGGCUAACAAAGAUUCACCAUUUUUCUUGGAGAAUCUUGCUGAAAAAAGGCUCAAGGAAAGAAAGCAGAAGCUUGUGCGUAUUGUACGGGUCAACAGUCGUCAUUCUCAAGCACAACCAGUCUAUGGACCAGAUUUGGUGCAGGCCGUGUCUAUAGUUAAGGAUGUGUGGAGUAUAGUUAAACAUUCUGAAUAUUUAACAAACAUGUUGAAAACUCCAGUAGAUCGAGUGACAGAAAUGAAGGAUGUUUUUAGCAGGUUUGUGUUUGCUAUACCAUCUGUGGAAGCUCCUCCCAUCAAACUACAUACAUCCCAUCCUCCACCCUGCUACUUGUCAAAGAUGCAAAACCUUGAGGAAACUCUUCAUGGUGAACUGAUGCCCAAGACGUCAUUCAUGCAUCCAAUUGCUCGCGGCUUGAAGAUGCAGUUUCCAGAAGUGCGUCUUAUUCAGUAUGAUUGUGGUAAACUUCAAACUCUUGAUCUGCUGCUGAGAAGACUAAAAGUUGGAAAGCACAGGGCACUGAUAUUUACCCAAAUGACCAAGAUGCUAGAUGUUCUAGAGAGCUUUUUAAAUUACCAUGGUUACAUCUACCUGAGGCUUGAUGGCACAACAAGGGUGGAGCAAAGACAGGUCUUGAUGGAGCGCUUCAAUGCUGAUACUCGCAUCUUCUGCUUCAUCCUCUCCACACGCAGUGGCGGACUAGGUGUCAAUCUUACUGGUGCAGACACGGUCAUCUUUUAUGACAGUGACUGGAAUCCUACAAUGGAUGCCCAAGCACAAGACAGAUGUCAUCGCAUUGGUCAAACCAGAGAUGUCCACAUCUACAGACUGAUUAGUGAGAGGACAAUAGAGGAAAACAUCCUGAAGAAGGCCAAUCAGAAAAGAAUGCUGGGUGAUAUUGCUAUUGAGGGUGGAAACUUUACCACUGCCUUUUUUAAAGAAACUACACUAAAGGAUCUCUUCACCAUUGAACCAUCUACUGAAGCUACUAACACUCAGCCUAGUAUUACUAAGACAGAGCCCAUUGACGAAGUUGUGACACAAGAAUCUCAAGAAGAGUCUGAGACAACUGCAGAAGUUGGUAGCACCAAGACUGGAGCUGGAAAAGUGUCACAGAACUUGCUGGAGCAGGCAUUGUUUAAAGCAGAAGAUGAACAGGAUGCUUGUGCUGCUACAAGAGCGAAGGCUGAAGAGGCUGCAGAAUUAGCAGAAUUUGAUGAAGGAAUCCCCCUGAGUGAAGAUGGAAAGGAAGAAGAGCAGUCCAAAGUAGAGGAAGAACUAUCUGCUCUGGAGAGCCAGAUGACUGCUGUGGAAAGAUAUGCAAUUCGGUUCUUGGAAUCAUCUGGUGCUUACAUUACGCUGGAACAAAUCAAAGCAGCUAAGGAUGAAGUGGAAAUGGCAAAGAAGGACUGGGAGCUUGGCCAUCUGCAAGCGUUGAAGAAGGAGGAAGAAAAAAGAGCUGCUGAAGAGGAGGAUGAAAUCUUGUACACAUACACACGAGAGGAAUCCUUGCAGGUGUAUGUGAAUGAUGCUACUGGUGAAGAGAUGCCAAUCUGGACUCCACCCACCCCACCCCGGGAUGGACAAGAUGAAAUAUAUGUGGACCCAACUUUGGCAUUCUUGUAUGAGACAUCACCUAUGGUUCCAAGCCGUCUCCCGCCUCUUUAUCUGACAAAGCCACAUCAAACAGGAAAGAGAACUGUACAUAAGUCUACUGUUUACUUCAGAGAUCAACUUCAGGGAGCUGCCAAAGAUCGUGUCAGCCGACCUACAUCAGUAUUUGACAGGAAUGGAUAUGAUCCAUUUGCGAGAGCUCGUCGCAGUUCAUUAAGUAAGAAGUCCAAAAUGAAACAAAUGAAGCAGCAGGUUGCACCCAGUAUAGUGAAACAGACAGACUACUCUCAGGGGGCUGGAGUUCCAGAAUGGUUGAUCCAUGAAGACUGGGCUUUAUUACAGGCUGUAAAUUCCUUGCAAGAAUUACCAUUGGAUCUUGCUGUAAAUGUUCCAAGUCAAACACCUAACUGGGACAUUGUCUGUGACAUUGUCAAUCUCACAAGUCGAACAUUCCGCUCAGCUCGACAGUGUCGUGAUCGCUACAUAAACAUGAUUAUUCCCAGAGAGGAGGGAAAAGUACCCUUGCCUGUAGUAGAGGAGAGCUUGAAGAAACUGAAGACAAGGUUAAAGUCAUUUUCCCAGCCAUACCUUACCCAACCUCACAGUCUACCAGUCAAGAUUAAAGGCACAAAUGGAAGAUCAUUCAAAACACAUCAUCUGCUGGCUCAAGAUGGUGGCCGCUCACCAACUGUUGUACGAUCAUCUGUAUUUGAACUUGUGAAACGCACUUCCCAAAAGAGAAAACCACCUCUCAAGCAAUUGUUGGUGGAUCCUCAACUAAAGAAUUUCAAACAUUCUGCUGUAUUAAGUGCUAGUGGUAUUUCAGAGGAGAAGACUUUGAACCCAGUUCAGCUGGCUGCCAUAAAAACAGACCGACUCAAUAGAGAAAAAGCUGCUGCUCAACAACAACAGCAACAACAACAGCAGCAGCAGCAACAACCGCAGCACCAGCUGCAACAACAGCAACAGCAACAGCAGCAGCAGCAGCAACAACAACAACAACAACAACAACCACAACAACAAAAUCAAUCAGUCACAACACCUGCACAAUUACAACAGCCACAGGCCUCCCAGCUUCCACAGCAGACUGUGGCCAAACAGUUGCCAACCAGUGUGCAGUCACUACCUGCACAGAAAUUGACCACCACCACCCAGCUCAACUCCACAUCUGUAGCAACAGCAGCAGCACUUCAGAAAAGUGCAGCUCUUCAGGGAGCUACAGGAACCACACUUGCAUCAACUUUACUCAAGACAUCAGCUUCUGGUAUUGUACUUACCGGUCAGACUGUUCCAACCGGGACUGCAUCAAGCAUCGUGGUCAACACACACAAGGGUAAUGCAGCAGGUCUGAACUCCUCAUUUGCUACCAUCAACAAAAGGAUGCAAGGAAAAAUACCAACCCCUCUUCAAGUACAAACGAAGGUGUCUUCAGCUGGUGUAGCCACAGCAAGAUUAGUGCAGACUCAGCCACGUCAAGUUAGCGGUUCCCUGGCAUCGAGCACAGCAACGUCAAUAACACUAGGUGCUACCAACAGCAUGACACCUGCAUCAUCAGCAGCUGUGGUCAGUCAGAUCGGACUGCAGACUACUUCACCAGUUGUCACUGCAAGUCAUAACCUGCCGGUAGCACCACAGCAGUUUGUAAAUCAGCAAGGUGUGACGCUUACUUCUCAGCAGUUCACUCCUCAGCAAUUGGCAUUGCUUAAACAGCGGAAACAAAUGCAACUGCAACAGGCACAAUUGAAAAAGGCACAACUAGAUCAACACAUGAAGCAGCAGCAGCAGCAGCAACUGCGACGAAUUCAGAUUCCACAAGUUAACCGAGGACAGGUGACACAAGGGGCUGUUGCAUCAACUGCCAGCUCAAUUGCUAAACCAGGUACAGUGCAGCAACCUGGUGUACAACAGCAACAACAGAAACAGCAGCAGCCAAUUACAAACCUGCAGCAGGCUGCCCUUUUGCAGAAGACCAUCACACCACAGCAAUUUCAGCAGAUUCUGACCAAUCGGAAACUUGCACAGUUAACUCCUCAACAAGUUCAUCAACUUAAACAACAGCACCAAAAGAUUGCCAUAAGGCAACAACAGCAACAGGCUGUUGGAGGAGUGGCUGGUCUUAAAGGUGCACAGGGUGGCCAGAUGGCUACUGCCUCUGCUGCAGUAACGACGCCAAUGACAUCUCAGGCUCAGCUUCUUGUGCAGGUGCCAGGUACUGGUCAGGUGAAGAGUCAGGUGACUUCCCAGCCAAUGGUCAAGCUGGGCACUGCACAGAUUCGGCAUCAACCACAGCAGUCUCAGCAACCCCAGCAGAUGACUACAGUCACACUGCAGCGGACUUCACCGGCAAUACAGCUGCUUCAGAAACAACAGCAGCAGCAAGUUCAGCAGCAGCAGCAGCAGCAGCAAGUUCAACAGCAACAACAGCAGCAAGUUCAACAACAUCAACAACAACAGCAAGAUCAGCAACAACAACAACAGCAACAUACAUACGCUAUGAGGCAGCGUAAACAUUAAAGAAGCUCUGUUGUUCCAUUCAAACUUGACACUUAUUUGAAAGUAGUUUUGUAAAAUUAUGUAGCAACUGUACAUUUUCAUCUCUUUUAGUAUUCAGGGUGAAAAAGUAUUUCACAAAAGUUUCAGUCAUACUUUCAUGUUAUACCUGAUAAAAGUGUAAAGAAAGUCGUUAUAGGAAUUUUCAUUGUCGCCAUGAUUAUAACCUAAUUUGAACUACCAUUAAUGCAUACAAAGGCUUUGUAUUAUAGCUCCACAAAGUGAUCUUUUGAUUCCCCAUUAUUGGAAUUUUGCUUCAGGUCAUGUUCUUACUUUAACCCUGAGAAUCCAAAGAGUGAUCAGUAUCAAAUUUCUUACAGAAAUACUGCUGAAUCAUUUAUUAAGGUCAUGGGAAUAAUGGGGAUGAUGGUCAAUCUAAGAGGCACUGGAUUGUUCACCAAAUUUUCCUUGUCAGGGCCCUUGGAGAUAUACAGAAAACAGUAUGGAUGAUAGGCAUGCUGAUGGUGCAAAGGGUUAGGUAAUUUUCGUAAAGUCUCGGGCAUUUUUUUCGUUUUUCUCUAUUUUUUUUCCGCUAUGAGACUGAAACUUGAGACGAAAACUUCUGUUGAAUCUAUUUUCAACACAUGGGGAAUUGUUGUUUUUCUUUUUUCUUUUUUUUUUUCCUGCAAGGAAAGAAGGUUUUAGUGUUUAUAGUGUUAAUUUGUGUCCCAAUCUAUAGUCACUGUUGUAUUUAAAAGUUCGAUAUUAGCAAUUUGUUUUUCUUUCUGCUACAUCUUCCUGUGAGUAUGGAAGUAAGUCCUCUCUCUUCAUAUCAGUAAAGGAAGAGAACUGCAAGGGUGAUGAGCAAGUACUGAGUAAUUUGGCCAGUGGAUAUAAAAGCACUUCACAAUUUUGCUCACAUCAUCAUUAACCUUAAUGUUUACCCCUUCUGUGUACAUUAUUUGGAAAGGAAAGUUCUGCUUUUAUUGGAAGAUGAUGGCAUUCUUUUUAAGUUUAUAUUUGCCAUUUAUUAUUACUUUAGUUUAAUUUACCCCUAGUCCAAGACAUUGUGACUUUGAAAUCGAGAACAAUAAACAGUUGGUCUAGUGCAG